UUUCUGCUUUUUUUAAAACAUUAACUAGUACGAAAAUCUCUUUAUUUAAACCAAAAAUAAGUUAAGAACAUAAAUGAUGAACGUAAUUUUAGCAUAACCUGAACGUUCUUAACAACGCAUUCAGAUUUCAAGUUUAUUUGUGGCCAAAAUGAACGAUUGUAUUUGGAUUUUGAACGAAUCAAAAUGGAUGCUGGGUGUGAAUGAACUAUGUACUGAAAAACGAACAGCUUUUUAUCGAGUUGUGUCGUGGGUCCGAUUAUAAUCGGGAAUCCGGCGUUGCGGUUUUGUUUUGUAAUUGUUAAGAUAGUGACAAACCUGUAAAAGUGUUGUUAGUUAUAGGAUUGUUCGUAAUAAUAGUUCAAAUUGGCAAUCACCGUGUCGGUAAUGUGUUUAUACGAAUCUUCGUCCGAUACCUAUCAGACGAGCUUCCCGCAGGUGGCCCUAUUAGGAUGAGGACUUUGACGGAAAUACUAAGUGUCGAUCUGAUUCCACGUCUAGUAAGCGAGGAGCCGAUCGCAGCGCAGAGAGCGACAUGGCGAUUCUGUAUCAACUAAAGUGUUGGUCCUGUGUAGCGUAGUGGAGCGCUCAGAAAUGAAAUGCAUAUACAGGGAGGAACGGAUACAACUCUGACAACAUGUACCAAAAUGACAGAAGAAGUAGACAGAAGACAUGGUGUGAAUGGUAACAGCAGUAGCAAAGUGAGCGAGGAUGUUUCUGGUCACAAUUCUACUCUCGCUGCGACUGGUGGAAGGCUUAAAUUCUUCAAAGAUGGCAAGUUCAUCUUGGAGCUGGUGCGCGGGAGCGCCCGCGAGGGAGAGCGCGCGGGCUGGGUGUCGGUGCCCCGGAAAACUUUCUGGCCGCCCGCCGCCGCGCCCGCCACGCCGCCCGCGCCCCCGCCCUGCGCAUCGCUCUCCGUCUCCGACGACAACAGCUCCGUGCAGUCCUCGCCCUGGCAGCGCGACCACUGCUGGAAGCAGGCCGCGCCGCGACGCAACAUAUCCAAAGAGCUAGCUAUGUACUACUGCAGGCCUGCCACCCUGCACAACGCCGCCAUCGAAGCACCCGCGCGUCUCAAGCGCCGCCGCCCCUACGACACCGGCCACCUCGACGCCGCCGCCCUCCUCAACGGCAACGCGCGCCGGGGACCCAUCAACGGCGUCUGCGACAAGAAACGCAACGGCGAACUCGCCGCACACGAGGCGAAGCCCUGCGGCGGCGAGGACGUCGUCGACGCACCCUCCGAUUCCAAAACGAAAACGAACGCGGACGACGACAGGAGGACGGACUACGAUCGUGAGAAAUAUUUUCACAUGAAACUCAAGAAACCAUAUCAGUAUCAUAAGUUAAGGGUGUACAAAAAGACGCGACCUCCGAUACGACGCAAGUUGCUGACUGUGACCAUCGAUAAGCUCCGCGAGAAGUCUUCCUCGCUGCCGGUGAUCGUGAACGCGAAGCUGGCGAACUGCCGGCAGGAGCACAUGAUGGUGUCGCCGCGGAAGCGCAUCCUGCGCGAGAUGGAGCGCGUCAGCCUCGAGGACCAGGCGACGAAGCGACGGGCGAAGACGGUGCCGGCGCUCAGCACGGCCUCGUACCCGCCCUCGCCGGGGCCCAGCCACGCCGUCAAGCCGGAGCCGGCGCGGCCCAACGGCACCGCCCCUCGCAAAGAAACGCCCUCCAAGAACGUGUGCAGCUACAGUAUUCAUUCGUUACUGAAUCGGCCGGACGACAGUCCGUCUCGUCGGUCGCCGCAGUCGUACGCCCCGCUGCUGUCGGAGUCGCCGGGCGCGGCGCAGUCGGACGCGAGCGGCAGCCCGGACGGCUACCGGUACCGGUACGGCGCGCUGGGACUGAGCUCGCCGGGUCCGCCCACGCCGCCCGAGUUGCGGCACCCGCGAGCCUCCGCAGCGGCGGCGGCGGCGGGCGGGUACGCGCGCGCCUGGCCCGCGUACCGCGGUGGCGACGUGUACGCGUACCCGUACGGCUACGUGCCGCUGUACCGCGCGCCGCCGCUGUGGCUGCAGUACCCGCCGCACGCGCCGCACGCGCCCGGCCCCUGGGCCCCGCUGCCGCACCCCCACCCCCUGCUCACCGACCACAUACCCAAGGACGAACACACCUCCGAUUUGCCGUUGAAUUUGUCGAAGCAUUGAAGCGACGUGUCGAAGGCUCACGAAGCCACCAGACUUUAGUUUCGAUGGUGUGUGUGCUGUGAACAACGCAGUCCCGUACGACCAUGUGCACCAACGCGACAAUCCACGAGGAACUCUAACCUUAAAUGAUUGUGAUUGAAGUGUGUGACGUCGGUGGCUGGUCGCGGGUGCGGAGUGUUGUGUAGGGGCGGGGAGGGGCAGGGGGAGGGUGGUGCCGCGCUCUCGAGCCCUCGCGUCCUCAGUCACACGUAGUUCUGUUAACAUUCCAUUGUCGCACUAAAACGAUUGGCGUCCAAAAUGUCCAAAAAUCGAAUCCCACCUAACCCGACCUCCGGUGCCACCACCGCGGCUAAUUUUAAUUAUUACUAGCUGUAACAAAUAUCGUUUGCGUACCGGCAACUAAAAGUAAAGAUCGAUAUUUUUAUAUGAAACGUAAUUUUUCCGGCGGAUCUGGUAGCCUUGAAGCCUAUUUACAAAAUGUAUAUUAUAUACUGAAAUAUAACUAUUUUAGUAUAGAUGUAUGUACGCAGAGUCAAGUGUAUUUUCGUACGACUUAUUUGUACCGCAAGUUGAAUAUUUUAAUAUUGGCUAUUAUUUUAGGAUAAGUUAACAAGAUGAUGAAUCUAAAUAAACAAAACAGUUGAUUGUUAGCGAACAGUGCCUUGAUACAAAUGAAGAUAUUAUAUGAACAUAUUUAUGAAUGAGAAAGUAUUAACUUGUAGGUAUAUAUUUAUCUUAUGUCUACCUUCAAUGCAGGCUGAAUGUAAAUCCUCAUCUUCCGCGGCCCGUUACGAACUCGUCAAACAAUCCAUAUGACUAGGUUCGAUCUCAUUAUUUAAUUUAGAAAAUAAAACGAGGUUAAAGACUACAGUUUUGGGAUCAAAUUUUGUGUGUCAAUGUUACAUGUAUAUUGAAACAAAAAGACAUUGUAUAUAAUUUGUGAAUGGUGUAAUAUUGAGAGAGGCAGGUUAGAUUCUAUCAGAGCAUGAACCGCUUACGAUAUAUCGGUAGGAGUUCAACAUACAAAUAAUAAUUAUUGUAAUUUGUACAGUAUUUUUGUAUUGAGUAUUUUACGGCGUUGUGUCGUGUCGUGUUGCGGGAGUGCGCGGCGUGCCGUGUCGUGUCGGCUUUGAGAUUAAAAUGUAGAGAUAGUGUACUGCAAUGUUAGUUGAAGUGUGAGGGCUUAUGUAUCAUAAGAACAGGUAAACGAUGGUAAGGGACUGACUUCUGUAACAUUAUCGUUAAUGGAAUUGUAUAAAAUAGUUUUGUAAUCGGAGGCCUACUCUAACAAACCAUAUAGUCCGCCAACAAAGUUGACUUAGUGUAAAUGUAGCCUUAAUACAUUCUGCUCAAUUUAAUUCA